AUGGUACAUCGCAAGGUCAAGGCUUUACUCAACAAGUUGACUAUGGAGAAGUUUGAUUCUAUCUCUGGACAGGUUAUCGUUUGGGCGAAUAAAUCGGAGAAGGAGAAGGACGGAAGGACUCUCAUUCAAAUUAUUCGACUCGUCUUUGAGCAUGCUAUCGAUGGAGCUACUUGGUCAGAGGUGUAUGCUCGCCUUUGCAGGGAAAUGAUGAAUCGAAUCAGCCCCAAAGUUCAGGAUGAGGGUGUUAAGAAUUCUGAAGGAAAUCCCAUUGCUGGCGAUCAACUCUUCCGAAAAUACUUGUGCAAUGGAUGUCAGGAAGGCUAUGAGCGCGCUUCCGGGGAUGGCGUUGCAAAGGCUGCCAACCAGCAGAACAAGGAAGGUAGAACUGAGGAAGUCGCGCUAUUUUCGGACAAAUACUACGCUGCACAGAAGGUCAAGCGACAUGGUCUCGGUCUGAUCAAGUUCGUUGGAGAACUCUUCAAACUACAGAUGUUGACUGAACAUAUCAUGCAUAACUAUGUCGAGACACUGCUCGUAAACGUGGAGCAUCUAGAGGAGGUAGAGAUCGAAAGGUCGUGCAAAUUGCUGACCACUGUCGGCGCCCAUCUCGACACACAGAAGGCCCGGGCUCAUAUGGACGUCUAUUUCUCUCGGAUAAAGGAGCUUACCAAGAGCCAGAAUGUCAGCUUACGAAUGCAGUUCAUGUUGCAGGAUAUCAUUGAGUUGCGAGAACGGAACUGGGUCUCUCGUGAUGCAAUUGUUGCACAGAAAAGGGGGUCUGAUGGCCGGGAUGUUGCUGGUAGCGGCUCUGGUGCUCCUCCGAGUCGUCUGCGUAAGAAGGCACAGAAAGCAAACGGGAUUAAUCUCUCGAACAAGCUCUAG